UUCUGCAAAGCGCGCGAGAUGCCGCACGCUCAUCAGCUUGCCGCGGUGUCACUACUGAAGCUUGUCCUAGCGCUCCGCAUCGUCUCCUGCUCCCACGCGCCGGCGCCGCAACCACCUUCGCCGCAGUUGGGUGAUGCCGUCGCCUACAGAUUCCCCGCGUUCGACGACAGGACGACGGAGCACAGCCUCGUGGUGGCCACCAGCUCGUCCAUCAUCUCGCCGGCCGCGUUCCUCUUCGACGCGCAGUUCUUCCCGGAGUUCAACCGCUCCGAGGGGUUCGUGCUCCUCUCGCGCACGGUUCAGCUCUGGAGUGCCGACACAGGGGCACAGCCGACCCGCGAGGCGUCCUUCAACACGAGCUUCACGCUGGACGACGCCUCUCCCCUCACGUUCGUCGUCCUCCUCGACAGCUUCCCGCCGCUAGCGAGUCGUCCCGUCGGGCUUCGUGGUGCCAACAGCUCGACGUUCUCCAAUGACACCACCGCGCCCAACGCCUCCGACAACCUCGCUGCCGUCGCGGUCGGUGCUGUAAGUUCGUACGGCCCAGAGUCUCCGGACGUCGGCCUCAACGUCACAGUCACGCCCAACGGCACAGAGCCCAGAUCAAGAACCGUGUGGAUCGAGUACAGUGCGGUGACCCACCACCUGUGGGUGUAUCUCGCGGCCGCCGGCGAGCCAAGGCCUCUCAAGGCCCUCCUCGAUGCUCCCCUCAACCUCGCCGGCGGCCGCACCACACAGAACGCGUUUGUCGGCUUCUUCGCAGCCACUGUCCGUGAUGUGAUCCACGGAGUCCGGAAUUGGGAGUUCACGGUGGACAAGUUCCCGGGGAGCGACGGCGAUGGGGAGAAUGGCAGCAUGUCAAUGUCGUCCUGGCUGGUGAUACUGCUCGUGCUGCUUGGGUCGGUGGCGGCCACGGCCGGCAUCGUCACUGUGGUCAUUUGCUACUCUCUUUCGAGACGGCGGGAGGCGCUCGAGAUGGAGCAGAUCAUGAAACAAAGCUACCCUAACCCUACAAGAAGAGGGGUGAGACCGCGGGAUCAUCCUUAGCCUCUCCAAUUUUAGAUUUUGCAGCCAUCGUUGUACGACUCGAAAUUAAA